AAAAUGUAUGGUGGCCUUAUUGCAUUCGAACAACCGGAUAACGCUGCAUUCUGCAAUUGAUUCAAUCGUCAUCCCCGUCAAGCAAGGUCUAUGGAUCUGAGGCCCAUCCUCAAGGCGCCAACACGACCAGACCUGGGAGCCGUGAAGGCCAAGAUCUCUGCGUCGUACUCGAGCGCAAAGCAGCAGAAGGAGGCCCGGCAGAUCUGCCAACUCGAGUUUGAAGAGUCCCCGCACACACAAACGAAGCAGCGACUACCGGUAGAUGAACCCAUCCCACCAACUGCAACUCCCGCUUCGACUCCGUCAGCGCCUGCUGCUUCCGUGUCGGCCCGGACGCCAAUGACCGUGGCGGGUUUGACUCUACCGCCAGACUUCAACCGGUUCAAACCGGUGCUGCUCAACCUGCCUGCGGAGUUUCUCCGAGUUCGACCUGCACCCGCUCCGACCCCGGACAACCUGCCUUCCUCUCCAGUUGCAUCUGCUCCGCAGGAUGCACGCGCUACAGCCCCCACCACGGCAACAAGUAGCCGUACUGCUGCUUCAACCCCGUCCUCAACUCAAGACCCCUCGGCGGCGUCCCAACUAUCAAAGUCCCAGCGUCGACGCCAUAGCAAGCAGAAACGGAAGCACGACUCCACAACGAAAUCGGUGCGCUUUGCCAUCGACUCUGACGACGAAAACGAAACCACCCCCUCUGCACCCACCCCAUCGACGGCGUCUGCCUCGGCCAAGGCGCGCCAUCGUCAGAAACAAGCCGCCUUGCGUGCCCGCGCGCAGCAAAAACGCGCUCAGUUGGGCCUUCCGUCGCUCCCGCCGCUUUCCUCGUCGGAGGACGAAAGUGCCAUGCCACGUUCUGGCAACGACAGCAGCAGCGACGACAAUCGACCGCUGGUCGCUCCCAAACACGCUUCUCGAACGACCAGCAGCGGCGCGUCAUCUUGCAGGACGAAGGCAGCGCCGCCCUUGACGUUGCGAGACCAGAUCCGCCAGGCAGCGUUGAGCGAGUUUGAGAACGCCACGAAAGACCACGGCGGCGACAGAGGGGGCCUCGACUUGUCGUCGGACGAUUCGGAUGUUGGAAGGACGACGUCGGACGACGCGACGCGGCUCAAGAUGCACGCGGAACGCCAGGAGAUGCUCAAGGCCCGCGCGGAAGAGAAGAAGAGGCAGGUGGCGUUGGAAGCCAAGCUGAAGGCGUUGCAUGCCCCAGAGAUCCAAGCGUACGAGGACCGCGUGGCCCGCCGGAAAGCGGAGGAAGCGACGUGGAUGGCAAAUGAAUGGGCAAAGACGGUGAAGGAGCGGGAAAAGCUAGAGGCGAUCGAGCUGGAGCUGGCCAAAGCACGCAUGGCCAAGGUGGAAGCCGAACGCAUGAAAGUCGAGGAACGACGGCGGCUCGCCGAGGCGGAGUUGGAAAAGCUGAUGGCGAUGCGCGCCGAUGAGGAGCGGGGCGCGGUACUCGAACGAGACGCGGUCACCGAGGCAAUCGAGGCACGGCGGAAGGACAUGGCGCGGCAGAUGGAAGAGCUCGAAGCGCGACACCAGGCCCGGCUCGAGAGGCUAAAGCAGACGCCGCCGGCUUGUAUUACGGCACAAGAUACCCAACGGUCGCUCGAUUUACGCGAUCACAGCGAUGCAUCCGAGACCGAUCAGACUGUGCAUCGACAUGGGCUACAAGCAAGUAGCAGCAGCUGGAACACCCCAAGUACGAAUGUUCAGACCAACCCCACAAAGACAAAAACGGUUCCCAGUCAACGCCGGGGUGCCGCCGCCACCUCGCUACCGGUGAAAGGAGCGUUGUUUGCAACCAGGUGCGCGAAUGGAGCCAAGCGGAAGCGUCUGGUGGUAGCAGCAAAACAGCGAGGCAAAGUUGCUCUCAAAGUGGCUACAACACCCCAACCACGGCCGAGGAAUGGCAAAGCCAAAGUGACUGGGUGGUCCAAGGCCAUGAUGGCCCAGAAGGAAUCGCUCGAGGCAUGGCACCAGAAGCAGCAGCACGACCUCGAAUCGGACGACCGAGUGGAUUUGCUGGACAUCGUACACAAGGAAAGGGAGCGAUUUGCCGCGCUGGAAGCGGCGCAUUGGGCCCGAACCAUUGGCUCUACCCCCCCCGGACCAGCACGGACCCCCACCACGAUGUCGUCCAAGCACUCUAGUCGCAACCACCAAAUGUCCAAGUUCCACGAACAAAUCGCCGUCCCGACAUUGGCGUCCUCGUCGUCUGAAGAAUCGUCGUCGUCAUCCUCAUCGUCGUCGUCAUCGGAGGAAUCUGAAUCGUCAGACAACGACGAUGGGGGGGGGGUGGCUGACGUGGAGCCCCCCAGCAAGGCCAUCGUCUUGCCGCCCAUGGUUGAAGCACAUGACGGCGUGCCCAUCGAAGCACACUUGCCUUCUUCUGGCGCUGCAAACGAAGCCCCAGAGCUCGAGCCAAAAACACCCAUCGUCGCGGACGGCUUGGAUGUUGUUGAUGGGGUUGUGGAGCAAGCAGCAGCUGCAGAUGCAUUGAAAAGUAGUGGCGACGUGUUGAAGGUAGUCCCCGUUCAAAACCAUGAAGAACCAAACGACAAGGAGCGGAAUGAGCAGUCGGUUGGGUCUGUGGAGAAGACGGAAACGGGCGCUGUGGAAUUGCCAGACGAGGUGGGGGCCAAGGAGGGGGGCCACCUGGCAGCGAUGGCGACACCAUCCUCCGAAUGUUCGGCGGGUGUGGGGGCGUUGGAGCUCACGAGACGUGAGCUCGAGAAGAAGCAGUUGGCUCUGGAAGAAGCCAAACGAAAGUUCGAAGACGAGCUGGCCAAGGUGAACGGGGGGGUGGCUGCGUCCGUGUUAGCCGUGGACCUCACGACGUCGUUCUUAGCGCCGCCACCCAUGCCAAAGAGUCGCCCCCGCAAGUCGAUGCAGAACGAUGGGGUGGUGCAGAAGAAAACUCCGAAGAAGCGCCAGCAGCCCGCUGUCGUGGUACAGAAACGCGGGCGAAGUACCGAGAGUAGUAGUAGCAGCAGCAGCAGCGCCGACGAUUCGGACUGGGAGAGAGGAGCGUUCAAGCCGAAGAAGCGGAUGGGCAAGUUGGCCCGCCUCACGAGACUCACGGCGAGGGCGAUGGCCAACGUGAUUGAAAUCUCGGAUGACGACGGGGCGGAAGCGCAAGUGAUCGUUGUGGACGAUGGAGAGGCGAGGGACGAGGAGCUAGAUGAACCACCGACGACGAAGGUGGCGAUUCCCCGGGACUGGAUCGCGCGGCUCGCGGGGCACCAAAAGGGGGACGAGCUUGAACUGGAUGCAGACGGAGCCACAUUAAUUUAAUGCAGUAGGCGUCCCUGUAUCCUUUUUCAAAAUUCAUAUAUAUGUUGGCAGGUGUGUGGUAACUCGCAUUUGGGGACACGAACGACUCACCGCGUCCUUUCGCACCUUUUGC